AUGGUGCCGCUGCUCUCGAGGCUGUUGCUUCUCGCUGCCACCGCAAGUGCCCAAUUCGUCAACCAAGAGUAUCACAGCCGCAAUUUCACCAUUGUCAAAUCACCCGCCAACAGCAACGUCACCGUCGCCUACAAGGAGCCCAGUGGCGCCUGUAAGACUGCUUUUCCUUCGCAGAAGCAGUACACGGGCUGGGUCAGCGUGCCCGGCGACUUCCCCACCAACCUCUUCUUCUGGUUUGUCGAGGCACGUGAAAAGACGGACAAGCUCACCAUAUGGCUCAACGGAGGCCCGGGCUCCAGCUCCAUGUAUGGCUUCUUCACAGGCAAUGGGCCCUGCGAUGUUGUCGAAAAGGGUCUCAACACAUACGAUACUGUUGCUAGGGAUUGGGGCUGGGACCGUGGCUCCAACAUCAUCUUCAUCGACCAGCCCAAUCAGGUUGGCUUCUCAUACGACUUUCCUUCCAAAGGCACCAUGAUGUUUCCCAACGGCACCGUGUCUAUCCCGCCAUACUCUGACGAAAGUACGAAAAUUCCGUGGUCUAUUGCCAACGGCACCUUUGCCUCAAUGAACCAACAGUCCACCGCCAAUACGACUGAAAAGGCCGCCUUUGCUGUCUGGCACAUGAUGCAGGGCUUCCUCGGCACCUUUCCCCAACAUCUGCCACCGGCACCUCAACCUGUGUCCAUCAAUCUCUUUGCCGAAAGCUACGGUGGUCGUUAUGGCCCCAUAUUUGCCGAUAUCUGGGAGCAACAGAACCAGAUUCGCCAAGCCACACCCGCCAAAACAAAUUCAACGCGUGAGGUCCAUCUCAUCUCUCUUGGUAUUGUCAAUGGCUGCGUCGAUCAGGAGAUCCAGCAGGCUCUGUCCCCCAAAUUCGCCACUGCCAACACGUAUGGCUUCAAAGCCUAUCGCGACGAGGAGGCCAAGUUUUACACGGACAAAUUUACCUCGGCUGGCGGAUGCGCUGAGAGGUUGAGACGAUGUGCCAGCCUUUCGGCCUCAUUUGACAGCAACGGCACUGGCACCAUCGAUGGCGUUAAUUCAGCUUGCCAGAGAGCCAAUUCUGUAUGCAACGACGUUGACUUGCCCUACUAUGCUGCCGGAAGAAGUGCCUAUGACCUCUCUGCACCAGUGACGGAUCCAUUUCCGUCGUACCGAUUCAUCGACUACCUGAACCAAGCCUCUGUUCUCUCUGCCAUCGGCUCGCCGGUCAAUUAUACCAUGAAUAGCAAUGCAGUCUAUUUCGCCUUUGACGCUACGGGCGACCUUUCCAGAGGCCAGGUCAUUCCGCGCAUAGCUAAGCUCCUCAACCAAGGAGUCCGUAUCGGCUUCAUUUAUGGUGAUAGAGACUACAUCUGUCACUGGUUUGGUGGCGAAGCUGUCUCACUCGCGGUUGCCAAAGAAGCUGGUGGUCAAUAUGUCACGCAGUUUCCAGCAGCAGGAUACUCACCCAUUAUCGUUAACAGUUCAUACAUUGGUGGCGAGGUCCGCCAGUUUGGCAAUCUAUCCUUCAGUCGUGUCUACCAAUCUGGACACUCGGUUGCCUCGUAUCAACCCGAGACGGCAUUCCAAAUAUUUUCUCGCCUCAUGACAGGGACAUCAGUCUCGACCGGCCAGUCCAUCAACAACAGCACAUACGGCACGUCUGGUCCGGCCAACUCGACGACGACGGCCAAGUUGCCCCAGAUGCAGGACACUGUCUGUUAUAUACGUGCAUUUCGAGACACAUGCGACAAGGAUGCGCAACAACUAGCGGCGAGUGGCGCCGGGGUUGUCAUCAAUGGCAUCCUCUAUUCUUCCUCGACAGAUUGGCCACUGAUGACCAAUACAGCGACACCCACCAAGACUGCAACUACCGCAACAUCAAGCGCAACUUUGACGGGUGCGUACACGGCCACGGCUACGCCAAAGAAUUCGGCUAGGCGAGGAAGUCCCCCUCUGGCCUUGCAUAUCACGGCGCUUCUCGGUGCAGUUCUACUAUCAGUUGUGGAUUGGAUUUAA